UGAAACUAGAGUUAUUACUCUACCAGUCUGUUCUAAACAGAAAUCCAGUUUCUUUCAGCACAAACAACAAAUCUCAAACUUCCCGUUUUUUUUGAGAAAGAAAAUCCUCUGCAGUCAUGGCUUCCUCCAGCAGUGUCCUGUGUGAAGAUCAGCUCCAGUGUCCCAUCUGUCUGGAUGUGUUCACUGAUCCAGUCUCUACUCCGUGUGGACACAACUACUGUAUGAUCUGUCUCAAAGAGUUCUGGGACAGCAGUUCACACUGCCAGUGUCCAGUGUGUAAGGAGGAAUUCCCUAAACGUCCUGAACUACGUGUCAAUAUGUUCAUCUCUGCACUUGCUGCUCCAUUUAAUAAGUCAGUUCAGGUGAAAUCCAGCAAUACUGCAGAUAAGUUUCCUGUGAAAGCUAAGAAGGUUCUGUGUGACUCGUGCACUGAGGAAAAGCUGGAGGCUCUAAAGUCCUGUCUGCACUGUGGUGUUUCUUACUGUAACACUCAUCUGAUAAACCAUAAAGCUACAGCUAAACUCAUGAAGCACAAACUGAUUGACCCUGUGGAGAACCUGGAGGACUACAUCUGUCAGAAACAUGAGAUACCCCUAGAGCUGUUCUGUAGAGAUGACCAGACGUGUGUGUGUCAGUUCUGUACUGAAGGAGAGCACAAAUCUCACAACACUGUUCCUCUAGAGGAGGAGAGCAGAGAGAAGAAGAUCCAGUUGGGAAAAACACAAGCAGAAGUUCAGCAGAUGAUCCAGGAGCGACUGAAGAAGAUUGAGGAAAUUAAACACUCUGUAAUACUCAAUGAAAAAACGACAGAGAAGGAGAAAGCAGACUUUGUGGAGAUCCUCAGUAAUCUGAUGAGCUGCAUUGAGAGAAGCCAGACUGAGCUGUUUAAGGUGAUGGAGGAGAAGCAGAAAGCAGCAGAGAGGCAGGCUGAAGAGUUCAUUAAAGAGCUGGAGCAGGAAAUCACUGAGCUAAAGAGGAGAAACACUGAGCUGGAGCAGCUCUCACACACUGAGGAUCACCUCCACCUUCUACAGAUUUACCCAUCACUGUGCAGCCCUCCACACACCCAGGACUGGACUGACCUCACAAUUAACACUCAUCUGAAUGUGGAGACUCUGAUGAGAGCUCUGUCUCAGCUUCAGGAAACUCUCAGAGAGGAAAUGGAGAAGCUUCACAAGAUCAAACUGAAGAGAAUUCAACAAUAUGCAGUGGAUGUGACUCUGGAUCCUGAUACAGCUCAUCCUAAUCUCAUCCUGUCUGAUGAUGGGAAACAAGUAAACCAGGGAGACAAGAAACAGAAUCUCCCUGAUAAUCCAGAGAGGUUUGAUUAUUAUGGCAUUGUUUUAGGAAAGGAGGGGUUUGCCUCAGGGAGAUUUUAUUAUGAGGUGCAGGUCAGAGGGAAGACUGAGUGGCAUUUAGGAGUGGUCAGAGAGUCUAUUAACAGGAAAGGAGAGAUUACAGCCUGGCCUGAGAAUGGAUAUUGGUGUGUGACUCUGAGGAAUAAGACCGUAUAUAAGGCUCUGGACUCUCCUUCUGUCUCCCUCUCCUUGAAACAGGCUCCUCAGAAGGUGGGGGUGUUUGUGGAUUAUGAGGAGGGUUUGAUCUCCUUCUAUGAUGUUGAUGUAAAAUCUCAUAUCUACACUUUCACUGGUCGGACUUUCACUGAGAAACUUUAUCCAUAUUUCAACCCCUGUCUCAAUGACGGAGGUAAAAAUUCAGCACCACUGAUCAUCUGUCCUGUUAAUCAAAUCUAAUAUACAUUUCUAAAUUCUUCUUUAUUUCCUAAUAAAAAAAAAUGAUAAGGUUAUUAUCUUGAUUUCUUUUUUGAAUGAUUUUAAUAAGAAUUGUAAAAAAUGAUAAAUAAAUCUGUUCUGAUGUUUGUCUCUUUAUGAUGAUCCUUCAUGUUAAUGUGAUAUAAUCCCCAGCCCUAUAACUGAUCUUCAGGUCAUAGUCACCAGAAUAUAUUUUUAAUCUUUAAUAUGGGUCAGUCAUUAGGUAUGAUAUGCAAUCAUUAGGUAAAUUUGAGGUUAAUUUUUAAACUUUUGAUCACAAAAUAAUGUCCUCACUGUCUGGACAGUGGACUCAUUUAACUGGGGACUUGCAUCGCUUUACUUUCUGUAUUGUUGAAUGUUUUAAAUGUUAAUAUAUAAAAUGUGUAUCAAGACUAAAUCAAUAAAUAAUUUAAUGUUUAUUUAUUUAUUUAUUUAUUAUCAGCCUGUGCAUUCAGCUACAUCAUCCUCACACACAACAUGAAUCUAAAUAAUAAGUUAAUAAAUAAAUAACAUGAUAAACAUACUGUAUGUCCUUUAAUGUACAGUUAAUAUUAUUUGUAUUAAUAUAAUUUUAAGGUGGGUAAAUUAUUUCUGAUAAUUAAAAUUUGAGAAGGUAAUUAUUUUCUUUUAAUAAUAAGAGAACAAUAUCUUCACACCUCCCAUCCAACCCAGCCCACU